AUGGCCAGAAUGUUCCAGAGUUCCAUGCCGGUGUUCGAUGGGAAGGAUUACGAAGAUUGGUGCGUUAAAAUGGACGCAAUUUUAGGGUUCCAAGAGAUCGAUGAUAUUGUCAAUAUUGGGUUUAAAGAACCAACAAAGAGCGAUUCAGAAGAAACAAAGAAGGUCUACAGAGACAAUAAAAAGCUUGACUGCAAAGCACGCAUGAUUCUUCAUCAGUGCGUUUCUGCAACUAUUUUCCAGAAAAUCUCAAAAGCAACGACAGCUGAGGAAGCCUGGGAUAUACUACAAGACGGGUAUGGCAACUCAGGAAAGGUAAAGAAAGUGAGACUUCAAUCUUUACAGAGACAGUACGAGCUUCUAUGUACGGGGGAACAAGAAACCAUAAAAGCAUAUAUUGGAAGAAUUCAGGUGGUCGUGAAUGCAAUGCGGGCAUGUGAUAAAGUGGUCAAAGAAAAGAAGAUCGUAGCGAAAAUCCUGAGAACAUUGCCACCUCAAUUCGAUCAUAUAGUUGUGGCGAUUGAGGAAAGCAAAGAUACAGAAAAGAUGAAGGUUGAAGAACUGCGAAAUUCUCUUGAAGCGCAUGAACAACAUCUUGCAAAGAGGAAAAUUGCAGAAAUGAAUACAACAGAAAACACAGCCCUACAAGCUAGAAGCAAUCAAAAUUACAAGACUCGUGGAACUGGCAGAGGAAGAGGAAAAUUUCGAGGUGGUCGCGGUGGUCGAAAUGGAGGCAGGUAUUCAAAUAGCUCCGAACAUAUUAAAGAUGAUAACAGUGGUGAUCAACGAGAGGGAAAUUACAGAGGUAGAGGAGGAAGAAAGCAUACUGACAAAAGGAACGUGCAAUGCUUCACAUGCAACAAGUUUGGUCAUUAUUCAUCUGAAUGUUGGCACAACGAGAACGCCAAGAAAGAAACGAAUGAAGAGGCGAAUCUUGUCAAGGAAGAAUUAGAAUCUGAUUCUGAUAUUGUCUUGUUAAUGACGAUUUCAGGAAACAAUGAUAAAGAAAGAACUGCGCAGAACAGACACGUUCAAAAGAUAAACAGUGUUGGUGACGAGUGUGCAGAGAAGGUAGGUGAGACAGAAUACGUGUCACUUGCCGGGCAAACAUUCCAUGCAAAGGAAGAAGACACGACGUGGUACUUGGACACGGGUUACUCUAACCACGUGACAGGUAAUAGAAGAUGGUUGCUUGAUUUAGACACCAGUAUGAAGGGCACAAUACAUUUUGCAGAUAAUAGAUAUAUUAAAGCUGAAGGGUCAGGCAAGGUUAUGAUCACUCGGAAAAAUGGCAGACCAGUGUUUAUACACAAUGUGUGGUAUGUGCCCACUAUAAAGAAUAACCUCCUCAGUCUCGGUCAGGUACAUGAAAAGGGAUUCACCAUGAAGAUGCAACACAGGCAUAUUGAAGUAUUUGAUGAAAGGCAAUGA